AUGGUUUCUGCUUCCCGUGAGCAGAACUCCUCGGCAGGUGCUCCGGAAACAGAGCAACUGAAAAUGGACCAUAGCGUCACCGCGCAGUCGCCGCCCUCUGAUAAUGACAGCGGCGAACGCCCCGUGCGACAACAGCUCAAGGAGACUAACCUCGACUCUGUUGGCGAAAACAGCGGUCCUGCUCGUGCAAACCGAAAGCGCUCCCUUGACAAUACAGAUGGGGCAGCCGACACACCCCCAACCAAGCGAUCCCGCGAGUGCACCCCGGACAUGGCGGAUAUUCGAAAUGCUUUCACGGAAGACAAUACCAAUCAUGCUGGAAUCCCCGAAUCUGCCACUAGCAAAAAUGUGAGUGAUGAUGUGGCCACAGCACUCGCGCACGCUUCAUUUCCCAAUACCAAGAAGGUCCAGUUUCCCCUGGACAUUGAGAUCAAGGUCUCAAUUUGUGGAUCGGAACAAAUUAGCCAUUUGACUAUUCCUGUUGAGAUUGAUGUUAAGGUGACUGCUGGAACGGUCUCCUUGGCUUCCUCGACUUCGGGAUCUGCUGAAGUCAACCCAUCCAAACCCCAUAUCACCAUCCCUUCUGAGAAGCCCAUUCCUCCACCCGGAGAGGCUUCUCAGCCUAUUCCUCCACCCGGAAGCCCCUCCCCUGGAAGCCCAUCCCCUGGAAGUCCCUUCUCUAGGACCCCUUCCCCUAGGACCACUUCCCCUGGAAAUCCUUCUCUUGAAAAUCCUUCAUCUGCGUACCUUGCCUCUGACUACUACGAACAUGAUGACCCUUCAUUCCACAUUUAUGAAGAGCCUGAGCCAAUUGAAGAUUCCUCAUCUGAAGACUCUCUACCUGAUUACUGUUCAGAUUCCUGUUUAGCUGAUUACCCGUCCUCUUCGCCUUAUGUCCCAUACAAUUCAAUACACCCCGAUCACCCCAUACCCACGGUUGAAGCCCCUGAUUCUAACUACUAUCAAUACCCACAGAAUCUUGAAGCGACCGCCUACGGAAAUGAGGAUGAUUCUUCACAAAACCUCAAGAAGAAACGGAGCCGAGAACAGCUUGAAGAUGAUGCCUCGAAGAAUUCCCACGCUGCGACUGGCCCCACGCCUGGUUUGACAGAGACAACUUCAUCAGAUGAAAAAUCUACCGCCGAAGGACAACCCGAGAAGAAGAGACCUCGCGAUAAUUCGGAGGAGCGCAAGGCCAAGAUAGAACAGACUUUCACUGCGAGUGCAUUCGGAAAGGCUGCUGCCACCUCACCUUUCGCAAUGCCUGCAACUAAAUCGACCUCUGAUGCCUCGCCUUUCGCAACCACCGGUGCCUCGACUACUGGUUUCGGUGCUCUCGGAUCCGGCUUCUCUGCCUUUGGAAGUGCUUUCCCUGGUACAUCUGGUAAACUUACCAGUUUCGCGUCUCCUAAUGCCCCCGGCGCUUUCUCUGGAACAGCUGGUAAACUGACCAGCUUCGCAUCUGCCAACGCCCCCACCAGUUUCGCUGGAACAACUGGUAAACUAACCAGCUUCGCAUCUCCUAAUGCUCCCGUUUCCUUUGGCGAACCUAGUGACAAGACCCUCGGUGCAAAACAAUCCGAUGACGAAGAGAGUGACAACGAAGUAGCGGGUGAACGCGAUGACACCUUUGUUGCUGAGAAGACCGAUGAGCGUUUCCACGAACAACCCGGUAUGGACCCCUCCCUGCUGCCUCCCCCCAGGAUCCCAAAGAUGGCUAGUGACUCAUGCGGACGUGAAAAAGUUGAAACCGGCGAAGAAAACGAGACCACCAAGUUCACAGCCAAGGGCAAGUUGUACUACUUCGACGACAAAAAAUGGAAGGAGCGUGGUAUUGGCACCUUCAAGGUUAACCUCAAGACGGAGUCAAACGGAAAGAAGUCCGGCCGCAUCAUCAUGCGCGCUGAUGGUGCCUUGCGUGUUAUGUUGAACAGUGCUAUUUGGCAUAGCAUGCCAUUUGGUGAUAGCAGGGGUGCUCGCCCCACCACCCGGGAUAUCUACCUUGCCAGCACGGAAGAUGAGAGGGUUGUGAGCCUUCUUCUUCGGCUCGGCAGUGAAAAGCCAGCCGGUGAAUUGUACGAUGUCUUAAAUGACAUCCUGGAGAAGAUCUAA